UGCGGACCUACACGGUUUGUCCUCUCUGGGGCACCGUAGUGCUCUCAGCCAGGCCAAGCUGGCUGGGCUGGGCAGCCGGCUCCAAGCUCAGCCCAGAAAGGAACCCUGAUGGCUGCGGUCUUUCUGGUGACGCUCUAUGAAUACUCCCCGCUCUUCUACAUCGCGGUGGUCUUUACCUGCUUCAUCGUGACCACUGGCCUGGUACUGGGAUGGUUUGGUUGGGAUGUUCCAGUGAUUCUGAGAAAUUCAGAAGAAACACAGUUCAGCACAAGAGUGUUCAAAAAACAAAUGAGACAAGUCAAAAAUCCUUUCGGCUUGGAGAUCACCAACCCAUCUUCAGCUUCAAUCACAACUGGCAUAACCUUGACAACAGAUUGCCUUGAAGACAGCCUUCUUACAUGCUACUGGGGGUGCAGUGUUCAAAAAUUAUACGAAGCUCUGCAGAAGCACGCUUAUUGCUUCAGAAUAAGCACUCCCCAAGCAUUAGAAGAUGCUCUGUAUAGUGAAUAUAUCUAUCAAGAACAGUAUGUUAUUAAAAAGGACAGCAAAGAAGAAAUAUAUUGCCAGUUGCCAAGUGAUACCAAAAUUGAAGACUUUGGUACAGUGCCCAGAUCUCGCUAUCCACUGAUAGCAUUGCUGACCUUAGCUGAUGAGGAUGACCGAGAAAUUUAUGAUAUUAUUUCAAUGGUAUCAGUAAUUCAUAUUCCUGAUAAGACUUAUAAGCUUUCCUGCAGAAUAUUGUAUCAAUAUUUACUCCUGGCUCAAGGUCAAUUUCAUGAUCUUAAGCAACUUUUCAUGUCUGCAAAUAAUACUUCCACUCCCUCAAGCAAUACUUCUCCAGAAGGAAAAAACACAGACAGAAGUUUGUUAGCAAAGGCCGGACUUUCUGAAAGUGAAGCAGAGCCUCCUGAGGAGAAUAGCAAGGACUGUGUCGUCUGCCAGAACGGGCCAGUGAACUGGGUGCUCCUGCCGUGCAGACACACGUGCUUGUGUGAUGGUUGUGUCAGGUAUUUCCAGCAGUGCCCGAUGUGCAGGCAGUUUGUUCAGGAAUCUUUUGCACUUUGCAGUCAGAAAGAGCAAGAUAAAGACAAACUGAAAACUCUCUGAAGAUAUUGUUUCAACUGAAAAUACACUUUCUUUCCUCUGAAGAUGCAGAAUUUUAUGUUCCUGGAAUUAACCAUAACAUGGAAUCUACAGUAUUGAUCAUCAAUGAAAAUUAUACUGUACUUUCAUAUUUAUAGAGACCUGGAUGCUAAAAAUUAAUUGUUCCUUUCUACUUGGUAUGAUAAAUACCGGAAUACCAUCUGUGUUAAUACAUAAAAAUUCAUUCAACU